UCCUACUCCUAACUCCAAACUCCAAACUCCCCCUUCUCCCACUCUCUCUCCUAUUGUAGUAUUGUAGCAUUGUAGUAUUGUAGUAUUGUUGAAAGUUGAAACAAACAACAAAAGCAAGAAACAAACAGCUCUCUAGUCUCUGGCUUUCUUCUCAGUUGUAAUGAAAGAAACAACAGAAAAACAAAGAACAAAAAAACACACACAAAACAAAGACAGAGAAAGAGAGAAAGACAUACUAAUAAUAUUGGUCCUUGAGUUCUUCACCCUUCACUCUUCUAACUUUUCUCCUUGGCCCCUUCUUCUCUCCCCUCGAUUCUCUCUUUCUCAUAAGUCAAAUCCCUCCUUAACUCCCUUCCCUUCCCUUCAUAUACACACACACAUACACACCAUCUUCUUUCUUUCUUUUCUCCCCUCACUUCCACCAAAAUCAAAAAAUGUUGGAUUUCCAACAACACUCUCAAAACGAUCACAAUAACACUAACACAUUGUUAUUCCUAUUAACCCCUACUACUACUACUACUACUACUGCGACUACUACUGCUACUGCGACUACUACUACUGCUACUACUACUGCGACUACUACUACUGCGACUACUACUACUAAAACUUGUGCCGAAUUUAAGAAGACGAAGAAACUCAAAUUCAAUCUAAACGAUCACCCCGACAUUCUAGUCGAGGUGUUAAAACGCUUAGACGGACGUUCCUUAGGUGUAGCAGCAUGUGUUUGUCAACUAUGGUGUUCUAUUGCAACAUCAGACGACGCCGUAUGGGAGCACGUUUGUUUCCGUCAUGUAUCACCUCCACCUGGUGUACGCCCUCUAGUACUAGCACUAGGGGGUUACAAACAUCUUUACAUGGUUUGUAUACGUCCGGUUCUUGGCCGCUUGAAUAAGUCCGGUUUAAGGAAGUCCGGUCGAACCGGUAAGUGGGUUGGGCCGGGAAGUGAGUUAACUCGUCGAGUUUGGACGAGGCAAGGGGCCCAGCUUUUGUUAUCUUUGUUUUGCGUUGAUUAUUAUGAAAAGUUAGGAGAAGCGAGUGGCGGUAAAAUUGAGAGUGAUAAUAAUGCGACACCAUCAUCAUCUCUUAUGUUCUUAUGUAAGCCUGUUAAUGUUUGAUUAUUUUUAAUUUUGAUUUAAUCAUUCAUUUGAUUAUUUGGGAUUUUUAUCUUAUCGUUAUAAACUUAUAAUUAAGUUUAAUUAA